ACCCGCUAGUGCCCAAGUGGGAGGACCGCAGCUGCCCGCUCCCUCCUCCCCCGCUACCUGCCCAGUCCCCGAAGCGAAUCGUGAGGAGGCUGCGAGCCAGCGGGGCCGAGCCUACAACUUUGCAGCCUUGGGGAGUGCAAGAGCCGGCGUCCAGAGCUCCUCUCAUCCGCGACCAGAGCUCGGAAUGUAAUCGAAGAUGCUGGCCCUGAGGCUGCUCAACGUGGUGGCCCCCGCCUACUUCCUGUGCAUCUCCCUGGUGACCUUCGUGCUCCAUCUCUUCCUCUUCCUGCCCAGCAUGCGCGAGGACCCCGCGGCUGCCCCGCUCUUCUCGCCUGCGUUGCUCCACGGGGCACUCUUCCUGUUCCUCUCAACCAAUGCCCUGGGCAAUUACGUCCUGGUCAUCCAGAAUUCCCCCGACGACCUGGACGCCUGCCAGGAGACCUCCAAGGCUCCGUGCACCCCGCCCAGCACCCACUUUUGCCGAGUGUGCGCCAGAGUCACCCUGAGGCAUGACCAUCACUGUUUCUUCACCGGCAACUGCAUUGGCAGCAGAAACAUGCGCAACUUCGUCCUGUUCUGCCUCUACACCUCCCUUGCCUGCCUGUACUCCAUGGUGGCGGGCGUGGCCUACAUCUCUGCAGUCCUUUCCAUCUCCUUCGCCCACCCCCUGGCCUUCCUCACGCUCCUUCCCACCUCCAUCAGCCAGUUCUUCUCUGGAGCUGUCCUCGGUUCUGAAAUGUUCGUCAUCCUCAUGCUCUACCUCUGGUUUGCCGUCGGCCUGGCCUGCGCCGGCUUCUGCUGCCAUCAGCUGCUGUUGAUCCUCCGGGGGCAGACCCGCCACCAGGUGCGGAAGGGGGUAUCAGUGAGGGCCCGGCCCUGGCGCAAGAAUUUACAGGAGGUGUUCGGUAAGAGGUGGCUGCUGGGCCUGCUGGUCCCCAUGUUCAACGUCGGAGGCGAGAGCUCCAAGCAGUGGGACAAGUAGCAGAUAUUCCCAUCAUUCUCUGUGUCCUGACUCCUUCUGAACACAAGACCAUGGCACCCUUGUCUCCACACAUGACCCCACUACAACCUAGGGCUGGUGAUGUCCUAGCAUCUACCCCUGGUCUGUGACCCAUAGAGAACCACAUUGGCUGGUGGAUUAUGACAAGGAGGAAAAAUGGCCAUCCAGGCAUUAUUACACUCUCCAUGGGCCAGCCAGGUGGCUGCUAGGAGGCCUCUGCUUUCGUUUCUUCUCCUUGGGGUCCCCGUUUGGCCUGUCUGUCUGCCUCAUCCACCCUCUACCGUGUCUCCUGCCAUCACUGCCAUCUGCUAGGGCUCUUCCUCUAAAGCCCCAUGUUGGGAG